CAAACAAAAAUCCGAAGCUUCGCUCAGUCUGAAAGGAAAAUUCGUGUGAAAAGGAUCCUCCGUCUCCUUUGUGCAUAUUUUUAGCCAGCCAAUUAGCUAAAAGCAUCUCUCAGCAGAAUAGCAGAAGAGAACUUUGUUAUUUUUCAUCAAUUGUGCAAUUUUUCAUCUGAUUUUCUUCGGACUCCUUGCUGGGAAAAUCAACGCAAAUAGUGUGCAAUUUCUGCUCGGCUGUUUGUUAUUUCGGUUACUUCGCAAUAAUAUUUAUUCCGUGAGGAUCGAUUCCUUUUGGAUUCAUUGACUGGAAGUGUGUGAGCAUUUUUAAAAUCCCCAUCGAACGACGUUUUUUUUUCUUUACGGUUGUGCAAAGAAAAUCCAAUCCCAGAAACAAAGAAGAAACGCAACUGUAAAUAAGUAAACUGUUCAGUGAUAGUAUUCUGUGUGCAACAAAUUUUUCACGCGAUUUCAUUUUUAACUAGUUCGUGAAAAAAUAUUUCAACAAACAUUCGUGUGAAGAAAACUCAUCCUACAGAGUGAAAACGAGCCCUGAAAAAAAAAAGAAAAAAGAGAGCAAAAGCUUCAAACUCGCGUCAGCGCAAAGUUCGCUUAAAUGAGUGAUACAAAUCUGAAAUGUUUUGGCAAAACUGGUGGAUUUUCUAUAAAUUUUAAUCAAGACUAUACAUCGCUUUCCGUGGUAUCCAACCAGGGAUAUCGGCUGUUUUCGCUUUCAUCCGUUGAUCGUGUUGACGAAAUCUUCUGUAGCCAUGACGAGGAUGCAAGAAUCGCGGAGAGGUUGUUCAGCAGCAGCUUGGUCGCGGUCGUUACCUCAAGUGAGCCGCGCAAACUUAAGGUGUGUCACUUUAAGAAAGGGACGGAGAUCUGCAACUACAGCUAUCCAUCGGAUAUUCUGUCGGUGAAACUGAAUCGAUCGCGACUGGUCGUAUGCUUAGUGGACAGUAUUUAUAUUCAUAAUAUUCGUGAUAUGAGACUGCUACAUUCCAUCAAAAAUAUGCCGAGCAACCCGGCUGGUCUCUGUACGCUGUCGCUCUCGUCGCAUUUGGCGUACCCGAUCUCAACGGCUGCCGGUGAGCUGCAGAUUUUCGACGCCGGCAAUCUAACGUCCCGGCUGAAGAUCAAGGCACACGAUUCGCCACUAUCGGCGAUGAAUUUCUCCUUCAACGGCACGCUGCUGGCAACGGCGUCCGAGAAGGGAACCGUUAUUCGGGUGUACUGCGUCAAGAAUGGCCAGAAAGUGCACGAGUUCCGGCGAGGUUUGAAACGGCACGUCAGUAUCGGGUCGCUGAAUUUCAGCAUCUGCGCUAGCUACGUGGUCGCCAGUUCGAACACGGAGACUGUACAUAUUUUCAGAAUCGAUCCCAAGUCGAUCGAACAGGCGGAACGUCGGAACCGUAUCGACAGCAGUUCCAACAAUAACGAGGCCGAAUCCGAGGAGACUAUGAACGGGGAAAAGCCCGAAGAUACUUCGCUGGCUGGCUGGGGGAUGAGCCUCAUCACAAAAGCCGUCACCACCUACUUCCCCACCAAUGUGGUGACGGAUGUGUUCUCACAGGAUCGAGCUUACGCUACGGUUCAGCUUGCCGAAGCCGGUCUCCGGUACGAGUGUGUCAUCGCCAAAGUAGAGAAGGAGACGCGUCUGCUGUUGGCAUGUGAGGAUGGUUUCCUGUACAUGUACGAUUUCGAUGACACAAAAGGGGGCGAGUGCAAGCUGAUUAGGGCACAUGAUUUGAGGAUGCCCCUGCAUGGGAUCACGGAGGUCGAUAUCGUCGGCAACGAGAACGAUACUUCAGUUCUCAACGUGAAGAUGACCGCAUCGAUGGUACCAGCGCCUGGCACUUACGCUGGAGUUCUUAAAGGACGCCCCGGAGACAAGAUGUCAGCAGACUCGGACCGUUGUCGCGAUUUGCGUGAGGCUGUCGAAUAUCCAAUCAAAAGCACUAUCCCGCUUUUCGACGAGAUCCAGUUCCCCCCGGUGACCCCGAUCACCGUCGAAUGACUAGCAAGCGACAUCAAGGCGCCUAAGAUCAGUUCCAUCGGCAAUACAGGAAAAAAACGUCACGCCAAAUAAGCCAAGUAGCUUAUGAAUUUAACGUUUUUCACUAGAAAAAGAAAACAGCAGACCGAUCGAGGACUAUUUUUAACAUAAAAUGCAUACGUGUAAACAUUUUUCCCCCAAAUUAAGGUAACAAUUUUUUGCUUUUUUGCGUUUAUUGUACAGUUCUGAAAAUGUGUAUCUCUCUCCUAGUACUUUUAAAGAUCACUUUUUUCUCUUUUUUCCUAUGUAGUUACCUUCUAAAUUUUUUUUCUCAGGAUCUCUAAGAACUAUAGCGAUGAGAUGUCUUUUUUCGUUUUGCAAGCAAAUUUCUGUACCCUUACCUAUCGGCUAACAUCACGUCCGAAUGUUAGUAGCUUUUGUUCAUUUUCGAAGCGAGUAUUCUUUUCAAUGAAAUAGACGAAAUACGCCACAAAUAGUUUUCUUGAAGAUUGUACACACCCUUUUUUAUUCCUUUAACUACACGGGACGGCAGAGAAGCAAGCAAAUAAUGAGAAAAAAACAACUAGUGAGUGCUUCAUCUACUGCCAUAAAAAAGAUUAAAGUUAAUUACUAGUAGUGAAUUGCGAAAAACCUGAAAAAAAUGAUACCAAAAACAGUAUAAAAUAUCGUGUAAAAAUCUACAAAAAUACUCACUGUUAAGUUAAAUGAUAAGUUUUCAAAUGUCAAGUAUACAGAGAGAUGAUGAAAGUAUAUUUUCUUAUUUAUUUUUUAGUGCAAGUUGUAAAUAUCUGAUCAAUGUUUUACGCUAUUUUCUAUUUCCUUAUGGCUGCAGUUACAUUUUUUAACCAUUAUAGUUUUCUUACAUCUCUCAUAUGGAAGCACAAGUUUAUCUUUGUGGUCAGAAAGAAAAGGUGAGAAAAAUAUAAAAAACCAGGACAAGUACCUAAACGUAGAUGACAAAUACGUGUGCAUGGCGAACCACAUCUCCCCGUUACAAAUGUGAAGCAAAACAAAUUUAGUAAGGUGUAUAAGGACACCAUCGUAUCGUUCAAAUAAUGUGAAAGCAUAAUAAAUUAUUGUUCAUCUUGUCGAAACAAUCCAAACCAGCGAGAGUAGGUCACACCGUAGCAAUUCUAAUUUAAUCAGGAAGCAAAUUUCAAAUAAUAGAUUCAAUUAUUCCUCCCUUUUCUCGUUCAGAAAUCACUUCAAUAGACCGAACGUGAAACAAUCCAAAACAGACCACUGUCAAGAAACAAGCUUUCAUCAUGGUUUUUCCUCUCGAACAGAAAGGAAAAACAACACAAAUCAAGCCAUCUUUGCAUGCGACAAACAAAAAUAACAAAGAUCUGUUCAAAGUAAAAUAAAAUAAAAAAUAAAACAGGAACACCACUGUUUAGAGGCAAGAAUAUUGUUAGCUCUAUAACAAAAACAUGAACAUUUCAUCGUGUAUAAAAAAAAAGAAUAUGUAUUUUCAGAGUUUCCAUAAAAGAAAAAAAUAUUGAUUGAAAAAAGUUACAAAAAAAUAAAGAUUAAAUUCGUAUACCUGAUGACCAGCAAAAGCGUAAAAAAUGCGUUUCACUUUC